AUGGACCCGGGUCUGGUACAUGCCGACCCGCAAGGUGACAUCCGCGAGGAUGUUCCCAAAGAAGAAAAGUGCCCCAUGCACUUGGCCUUUCCAGACUUUGUUCGGUGCGACUCCUGCAAGGAGAUUUACAAGGAUCUGCCCAGUGAUGGCAAGGCACCACUGCCUGGACUGAAGCAGCCAUUUCCGGUCACUGCGCUGCAAAGCAACACCCGGCUUGAUGUCUUGGAGCACCAGUCCCCUGACGGCAAGCUGGAGAAGUAUCAGCGCAUAGAGGACGAGCAUGGCAAGUACAAGUUCACUAGAAGUCGCCAGCAGGACGCACUGGAACUCGAAAGGCGUAAACUCCAGCUCCAGCGCGAGCGUACCAACAAGGCCAGGCACGAGGCUGACCAUGCUGCCCAAGAUGUUCAGUGGCAGAUCGCGGAUGCAGAGCGGUCGGUGGAGGAGAUGCGAUGCCGUCGAGACGGCGACAUGCAGGCUUUGGAGGUGCAAGAGCGGAUCUCAGCUAUGUGGAUGGAAAACAUCCGAGCUUUGAAUUUGCGGCUAGGUAAGGGUGUUUGCUAUGAACCGCACUUGGACUUUUGUCCGAAGGUAGCCUCCCAAGCACGGCUUGCGGCCCGAGCUGCUGCCCUCGCUGAGGCCGAGGAAGCAUUGGUUGCUCAGGAAGAUCAGAUGAAACGCAACGCGGCCGAAUACUUGCAGAACGUGCAGGAGCAGUGCCAAGCGCAGCUGGAAGCUCUGCGAGCGCAAUCUUCUGAAACCAAGGAGGCUGUUUCUCAGCGCUUGCCGAUGGAGUUGAGAAGAACGGCAGCAGCCCAGGAAGCAACGGAAGCACGGAGAAACGAUGCCCAUGAACGAUUGCAGAAAGAGCGUCAAACGGCCGGCGUCCACACCACGGUGAUGGAGGAAGACUGUUCCUGCAUGGUCCGCCGGGUAGAGCUGCGAGAACAAGCCACGCAGAGGCGCUUGGAGGAGUUUGCUGAGGGCCCCGUCACUGCAUUGGAGCGCACUGCGCAGCUUUGGCAUGGACAGAGCGACCGCAAGUCGGUGUGUGACAAGGUCAGCUUGGAGCAAACAGCCUGGGUGCUGGGACACCACUUCAAGUCAAGGUGGAACUACACGCCCUCCGUGGACGAUAAAGUUGGAACCACCCGUGGAUUUGCCACCGCCGCCGACAAAGCUGCCGAUGCUGUCCACUGGCCUGGCAGGUCACCACGGCGGCUGAACGCGAAGCCGAAUCGGGGCGUAGGCCAGUUCGUUGGACUGAAAUGCAGUCUUUGCACCUGGCAUGUUUCACAAAAAGACAAGACGAAACACGAAGACAUAGGGGUACGCGGUGCCAAGCUGUCCCUGGUGUUGUUGCUGCGUGAUUCUCUCCUGGCGCUGCGCACCGUCCAAACCUUCCUAGCCAUGAAGGCUUCUUGGCGAGCGAACUUGGCUGGCGUCGCGGUCACGCCAGCGAAAUUGUCGGUGCUGCCGCGCUACACUCCCAGUCCCGCCCCGCUUCCAGAGGCCCAUUGCAGACGACUCUUUGUGCACGCAAUCCGUUCGGUGCCCGGCGUGAUCUCGCUGUCACAGCACAGGCUGCGCAAGCUUCGGGUGGAGCUGCGAGCGAAGCUGGAUAGCCGGCAAGCGUCCAACACGGUUGAGGAUUCUGCGGACUCAGCCCAUGAGCAAUGCUGUGGGACGUGCGGCGGCUUGGACAAAUUUGAUGAUUCGGUGUCAAUUUGUCUCGUUCCUGUGCUGGCCAGCAUUGUGAUGUGUGGCGUUGGUCUAGGGACCUUUGAGGAACCGGACCGUCUCGCUGCCGAGGCCCAGCUCAGCGUUUUGGGGGCUUUGGGCGAAUCCAAAGAAUACAACAGAGCAAUCCAGAUCCUUGAGGAGCUGUUGAGAGGAGGCCAGGCGGAAGAGGUGCUUCUACUUGCAUUUCAGAAUGCAUCGAUCACUUUUUAUUUCCCUUUCGAGGAGAUGGCGUUGAACAUGGUGGCCGCACUCAGACACGUGGACAAGGCUGCCCUUCUCCUUGCGACGCUCGCCGGAGCUGGCAGACCGGAAGACAUUGGACGCCUUAUGGAGGACAUGGAUGACGAUGGCGUGCCAGUCGAUGUGGUCAUGCACAAUGGCAUGCUUGAGGCUCUUCUGAAAACUGGGAGGGUCGAUGAUGCCUUUGACUGGCUGGUUUCCAUGAUGGCUCCGGAGGACGAUUCUUCAAGUGGAUCGAGGAGUCGCGAAGUUCGUCCAAAUAUUUGGUCCUACACCAAAGUCGCCGGAGCGUUAGCAAGGCAGGGCCGCACCAGCGCUGUGGCCUCCCUCUUGAAGACCAUGGACCAGAUGAACGUGAAGCCUGCAAUUCGACUCCACGACCGGAUUCUUCGAGGCCUCCUCUCCGCAAAGAAGCGCGCAGAGGCCUACAGGUGGCUGCGACAAGUUGUAAGGUCUGGCUUAGAUUUCGAUGCGCAGUUCGUCACACUGGCUCUCGAUGUCUGCAUACAAACCGGCUCCUUCACAGAGGCGUUCGCGUGGCUGAACGGCAUGGAGGAUGCCGGCAUUGAUCCACCUGCUGAAGGCAGAGGGGCCGUUUCCUUCUUCGUGAAAGCCGUGACGGUGUGCACCAUGGCGCCACCCUUAGGCCGAGUCUUUCGAUCAGCAGACGCGAGGGAACUGGAUUUGGGCCUUGUUUACGUUGAAAUCGCAAUUCUCCCGUGCCCCCCGCAGAACACAGGAAAAGUUUGCACGGUUGCUGCGGAGCUACUGAGUACUACUCUUGAGGCCAAGCGUCUCAAAGAGGGCCUCGAUUGGCUAGAGCGCGCUGAAGCCGCAAACUUGUGCCUUGGCUGCAAGUCAGAGGGCAUGCUCUUCGCGAAGUCUACGCCAGACGAGGAUCUUGAGGACGCGAACUGUUUUGCGCGCGAGCCGAGAGCGAAGCGCGUCGUGUGCAUUCCCUUGCGGCCGGCCUAUGUCGCUCUGAUGCAGGCGUUCGCACGGGCGCAGAACAGAGAACAGGCCAAAGACCUCCUCGUGCGACUGGAGGCCGAAGAGGGGCGAGUGGACACCAUGGCUCGAACGACUCUGGUCGAAGAGUUUGCCAGCCCCGGACCGACAUGGGGACACUGGGGCACCUCCCAGGUGCCAUUUGUCAUCGGCCACUUUGAGAUCGGCUCGAAGCUCAGCGGUUUGUUCUUCGGACAUCCUCUAAACGUUCUUUGCAACUGCACCCACACCUGUCACGGAACCGAGGAGGUUUGCGACCUUGCCAAGAAGAAGCAGUGGAAACAAGAGCUUUGGCAAAAUUACUACAGCUCAGCACUGCAGCUGCUACAUCAAGGUUCCAGUUGCACGGCCCAGGUGGACUUGGUGAGCUUCAAUGCCACGAUCAGCUCUUGCGGCAAAAGCAAGCUCUGGGAAACAUCGCUAUCUGUUCUCGCUGACAUUGACAGGGAAUGUCUGCAGAAGGACCUCUUCAGCUACAAUACAUCUUUCAGCGCCAUUGCUGUGGUUGAGCAGUGGCGAUGGUCCCUUCACCUGCUUCAUGACGUGAAGGCAAGACAUCUUCGGAGCGACAUCAUCAGCUUCAAUACCGCUAUUGAUGGGUGUCAACGGAAGUGGAGCCUGUCACUAGCCGUCUUGGCCAAGAUGUCUCAUCAGAAUCUGCAGCCAGACGUCAUUGCCCAUGACACUGCCAUUAGCUCCUCUGAAAAAGGGAACUACUGGGAUCGUGCCCUGGAUCUGCUACGGACCCUCGAGGCUGGCGACACACAAGCUGAUGCGAUUGGAAUCAGUUCUGCGAUAUGCACCUGCGGUGCAGGAGAUCGGUGGCAAAGAGCCCUUCAUCUGCUUUUUAGGCUCCAGACCUCUGCUAUGACGCCCGGCUGA